CUCCAUUUACUCAGUGGAUGACGGACAUGUUGUUUACAUGGCUGUUGGUGUGUUGGGGUGCUGUCUUGUGUCAGGGUAUAGAAACUUCUCGGAUACACAUUAUCAAUGAACGAGACAACUGGUGGGAGGCCCAAAGCCGAUGUAAAGUCAACGGAGGCAAGUUGUACACACCCGGCACAGAUGACAUCCCAGCAGAGCUCAUGGAGAAUCAACAGCCGGCAACAUACUACUGGAUAGGUGCCAUGAGCUACAGGGUCUGGCUAUGGACAGUAGAUGACAGUCCCCUGUUCACCUAUGCUGGCUUCCUUCCUCUGGGGAGUGUGACAGUAGAACCAAAGGGAACAUAUCUUGAUAACUCGGUAUGGAAGUGCCAUCUUCACUGCAGUCCAGCAUAUUCAGUAGGCAUGAAGGGAACCACGUGCUAUUGUUUGAAAGAAGGCUAUAACACUACGAAGUCGAUGCUAUCCGAGAACACGUGUCCCGGAAACUUGGAGGAAAGGUGUGGCAACAUCCAGGGGGUGUCAGUAUACAAGCUAGAAAACAUGAUAUUUAAUCAAGAGGAACACACGUACUGUGCUUAUGCGGAUGACACGGACCUUUCCAUCCAUACCAGAACUUAUGACGAUUGCAAAAACUUCAAGGAUUGUUACGCCUGCUUUACUUUAUCUGGUGCAACUACAAGUAUAUCUUGUAGACCUCAGAAGUCAUGGUUUGCUGCCCGGAAUGCAUGUGACUUGGUUAAACUGAAUACAUCUGCCCGGACCAGUCUUCUUGGAAGUAGCAGUAACACCACCACAUACUGGAUCGGUUUGUACAAAUAUCUGCACAGGAGAUGGAUAAACGGGGAGACGGCUUUGAAAUACGACGGGCGCCGCGGUGCUUUGUCUUCACACACUAUAGCUAGGUGUCUCAGUGUGUACAAGCAGAGGAAUGGAGGAAAGCGUUUAUACUGGAGGCCAUGUUCAGAAAACAGAAAGUUCCUUUGUGAAGAUGGAACACAAUUACAACCGUCAGGAGAUGGUGCCACAACUGACAACAUCAACUUUACCGAUGUUGAAACACCCAUAACAGGACCGAAUGAUGCGAUGAAACCUUCGAAAAAUCCCGUGAUAGAAGGAGGCUUCAUUGGACUAGGUGUAGGAUGCGUGACGCUUGUUCUGACAGUCAGCAUGGCAGUGUAUUUCUUAUCAAGGCAAAAGAAACUGUGUUUUGCGACCAACUGCGAGAAUCAACCGGUUCACUUCAAUACAGAUUCAGUAAAUACCUACUGCAGUUUAGCCUUCCCAACACAAACAGAAAAUGGAACAUAUGAUGUCAUACCACCUCCUCGCACAACAGAAGAAGGAACGACAUCCAUAGUCAGGGCCAGUCCUCACAGUGACAACAUCUACAUCAACACCUCAUAG